AUGGCCAUGACCGGCUUCUUCUACCAAAUGUCCAGGCCGAGAACCUCGACUCCCUUAAGCAUGCUCAAAUAUGAUCCGAUAGUGCGAAGAAAAGUCUUGUUCCUCGAACAAAAACGAAAAUCAAGCAAGUGA